UGCUGCCGCUGGGUCAGUGUCAUGCCGUCUUUUAAUAAUAACAGAGUCAAAACAGCGACAGCGAGGAGAAGCUGGGGAAACACUCACAUCAGCAUUUCUGCUUUUUGAGACGAGCCAACGUGGACAAUGUGACAUAACCCAGCUGCAACUUCCGAUACAAAAAGAUUAAACGCCCUUUAUCCACCUUUUUAUUCGUCUUUCACGACCUCUUCAGGGCUGCUAUUGUCUCACUCACCUUUGACACAGCUGGCGGGCAGUCACCGGCUCUACUUGUGCACUUCAUUGCGGUCAUCCAUCUGCGAGGAGGCCUGCGGUUUGUUGGUAAACACGAAUCGGAUCCCGACGGCAAGGACUCCAUCUGGUGCAUUGAUGCACCCGUUUCAGUGGUGUAACGGGUGCUUCUGUGGUCUCGGACUCGUUUACUCCAACAAGUCGUGCACCAUGCCGCCCAUCACCUUCCAGGACCUACCUCUCAACAUCUACAUGGUGAUCUUCGGGACAGGCAUCUUUGUCUUCAUCCUGAGCCUCAUCUUCUGCUGUUAUUUCAUUAGCAAACUACGACACCAAGCACAGAGUGAGCGGUUUGGAUACAGAGAGGUAGUUUUAAAAGGAGAUCCAAAAAAGUUGAGUCUUCAUGGGCAGACGUGCGCUGUGUGUCUGGAGGACUUCAAAGUGAAAGACGAGCUGGGAGUGUUGCCAUGCCAACAUGCUUUCCACAGGAAGUGUUUGGUAAAGUGGCUGGAGGUGCGCUGCGUCUGCCCCAUGUGCAACAAACCCAUAGCCGGCCCGCCCGAGCCGCAGCAUAGUAUAGGAACUCUGCUGGAUGAACUGGUAUAACCUCUCAGCCUCAACCAGCCUGGUUGGGACGCCGACGCCCGGCCAAACUAGCUGGUGUGAGUUACAGACCAUCAGGAAGAGGGAGACCGCUUUGCUGUUUAAACACGGCAAAGCACAAAAAUGAACUGAAGGAUGCUGUUGCCUAGCAACAAUCUCCAUGAUAGCAACACAACACCUUGUGGUUGAGAUUAUCUUCAGCCGCCCACACAUCACUCCAGCCCUCUCCUUUCACGAUCCCGUUCUACAUGCCUUUUCUCCACGUCCCUCACAUCCUCUCUUGUUGGUUCGACUGAGGUUAACAACAGCACUGAACGGAGGGCAGUUUUUUCUCACUGAAGUGGACAAAUGAGUGUUGAUGAACAGCAGUGCUCGCAAGAAGAUGCUGAUCCCCCCUGAGUGUGUAUCAAUGCUGCCUGUCAUGUGCUACCUGGGGUUAAAUAUUAUCCAUAUUGGCUGAGUUAUUUAAAACUCAAAUGGGAAAAAUUAUUCCAGUACGUGGCACUCCAUGAAUUUUUUUCAGUUGACAAGUUUUGAGACAAAAUUAUAGUUUGUGUUUGACAUUCCCAGCAGUAGCUCAAGGUCAGUUUUUAAGAUGCAGUAGAAAAGAAGAACAAACUGCAGCCGAGGAGAAAAAAUAUCACUGUAGCAAAGAGGGCUUAACCCUUCUGAGGCCCUGGGACCAUUUUUGGUCCCCAGGGCUCUAAAGGGAUGCAUUUUUAAGGGUCAGCGAAGGGUUAAUAAAACUAAGAAAUACUUUUUUUAUGAUUAAAUUGAGGUCAUGCUGCUUAAAAUUCAAGGAAACGGUUAUUCAUAUUGCAUUUAUUCAGAUGAACUCAGAACAGUGGUAGAAAAAGAGCGGGACAUGAAGCUGCCCUUGCUCACAUGUAGCACGCAAAAGGUGAUGAAUUUACUAGAAAUGUUCUGAAAGGCUGAGCUGAGGCGUGGUGCCUAGGUUUAAUGUGCAGAAGACCCGUUUGCUGUGAAUCCUCCAGACAGUUGGCUGCUCUAUAUAUAGAAAAAAGUCCAGGACUGCCGAACGUUUGUAAAAACAGCCUUCGAGAUGCAGCUCCAGCUUUCGUCCAUGUGUGGUAAACGUCUGCAUCAAGUCUCUUACAAACCAGUUAUUUCUGAUAUAACGUCUAAAAUCCAUACUGGUGCCAACCCCUACAGUACCACAGGCUCUAGCUGUUUUCUGUUGUUGUUGUUCAAGGGGAUGUUUUAUUGUCCUGUUGUGUUCUCAUGUUAAUAUAGAAGGAACACAUCCUGACGUUCACGCUAACAGUUUUGUUGAAAUGUGUUGAAAGGUUUUUUAUUUUUAGGUUUUGCACUUUGAAUUCGGACACACACACACACACACACACACACACACACA